UUUUUCCAAUGCAUCAUCACUACUGCUGUAUCACUCUUUGUACUGUACAUAUCAAAUACACACACACACACACACACACACAACAUGCUGUUGCUUUCUCAUCACACAAAGGGCGUAUUACGCAAAGCCACAUUCUCGAAUUUGAGGGGUGUAAUUCAUCCCGUUUCGGUCUUUUUUUUUGUAAUCUUGUUUUUCGUUCAUGCGACGUCUUUUUAAUACUCUCUUUUAUAAGCAACAGCAACGCACACGCCUUCAACUUUUCUCUUUCAAUUAUACCCCAACCAUGGCAGCACCUUAUCAUACCAAAAUCGUCCCAGUCAACCCGUUGCAUUUUCAGUUUGAGCAAACAACACACGGCGACGACUUUGCCGAACAAAACGCCAAACCCGUCAUUGCCGAUCCAAAGGAUCAAACGGCGAUCGAAGAAGCAGCUCAACUGCUAACAGCCGGAGAUGCUGUGGGCAUACCUACCGAGACCGUGUAUGGUUUGGCAGCCAAUGCAUUAUCCGCUGAUGCCGUUGCCAAAAUCUUUGCUGCCAAAAACCGACCUCAAGACAAUCCACUCAUUGUCCAUGUUUCUUCGCUUGCCAUGCUGAAACGCAUUCUACCCAACAAUACGAUCCCACCUGUCUAUCAGCAAGUGAUUAAGCACCAUUGGCCCGGUCCGUUGACGAUUAUUGUUCCAACGAGCGAUCUGAUCCCAACUCAAAUUACAUGUGGCCAGCCCACCGUGGCUGUUCGGUUCCCUUCACACCCAGUCGCGCGUGCUCUUAUUAACCAAUGCGAUUUCCCGCUUGCUGCGCCUUCUGCCAAUUCGUCGGGUAAGCCUUCGACGACACUCGCAAGCCAUGUAUUUGACGAUCUGAAGGGCCGCAUCCCGUUGAUUCUGGAUGGUGGUCCUUGUAACGUGGGCGUGGAGAGCACGGUGUUGGAUGGAUUGCGGAAUCCACCGGCGAUUCUGAGACCAGGCGGCGUCACCUAUGAGUCAUUGAGUUCUUUACCCGGGAUGGAAGGCCUGCAGGUGUAUCGGAAGGAUUUCAUCGAUCGUGCACUGGAACAAGCGCCUACAACACCCGGUAUGAAGUAUCGUCAUUAUUCGCCCGAGGCCAAGGUCAUCUUGCUCGAGAAUGCAGCGGACCCACAUACAUUUGAGCGACAGUGGAAGCAGGAAUUAGAAAAGCAAGAGAAGCCUGUGCGUCGAUUGGGAUUGUUGGUCACUUCAAAAGAUACACCAUCAGUGGUCAAUCAUCAAGGCGUGGAAUGUAUCCCAGUGUUUAUGGGUCGUGGCGAACAUCCAGAAGAAGUGGCACGAGGCGUUUUCAAAGGCCUGCGUGACCUCGACACGCAGAAUGUGGAUCUGAUCUUUGUACAGGGCAUACCAGAGACAGCGGAAGGUAUGGCUGUCAUGAAUCGACUACGUAAAGCCGCCUCAAAAGUCAUAGAACUGUAAAUAGAAUUUGUUCUUUUCUUCCUUCCUUAUUUUUGCUCUUGUACCAUAUAUUUUCUAUUGACUACUAUCUUCCCCACCCCCCACUCCUUCGCCCAAGAAUACAUUAACCCUUUCUUUGUAUACACAGCCUUAUUAUUCAAUCUAUUCUUAAUACAUACAUUGCACAUGCUAUAUAAAAGAAAAACAACCUUUGCU